GUGGGUUUCAUAGCUAUAAGUACACCUGCAUGCCAGUGAUCUGCUGUCAGAUUGGAGAGCAGGACAACAAAUCUGGUUUAGCCGUUUCACUCUCGUGGUCAUGGCCCGCUGGUGUCUGUAUGCAUUAUUCUUCUUGCUGUCCUGUGAUGUUUCCAUGCAAAGAAAAAAGAAAACUGUCCAGACUCUCUCUCGAGGCUGGGGAGAUGAGAUCACCUGGGUUCAGACAUAUGAAGAAGGGUUAUCAAAAAUGAAGGAAAGCAACAAGCCUUUGAUGGUCAUCCAUCACUUAGAAGAAUGCCCACACAGUCAAGCUCUCAAAAAGGUUUUUGCUGAGAACAAAGAUGUUCAAAGGAUGGCCAAAUCAGAUUUCAUCAUGCUCAAUUUAAUGCAUGAGACAACAGAUCGUAAUCUGGCUCCUGACGGCUAUUACGUUCCCAGGAUUCUCUUUGUUGACCCCUCUAUGACUGUGCGUACUGACAUCACUGGCAAGUACCACAACCGCAAGUACACCUAUGAGCCUGACGAUGUGGACUUCUUGGCGGAGAACAUGAUAAAAGCCAAGAUUCUGCUUCACUCUGAGCUGUAGGAACAGAGCCAGCCACAUAGGACAUGGACCUGUCACAAACUUGUAUGGCCGAAAAAGUUCAGCAUCCAAGACUUGAAUGGUUGAAUUGACUGUAGAAUAGACAAUUUCAAUAAAAAUAGGCCCAUAUGUUUAAAUAAACAUGUUUUGUGAAUAUUUGUGAAAACUGUUCAGCGUUUUACAUGUUCAGAUUUAUGCCUAUGCCUCUUGAUCUGAUCAAUAUAUCUCUAGCCAAUAGUAGCAUGUAGGCAAGAUAUUAAACUGGCACAGAAAAUGCAGCGUUGACUUGAAAAAACAUUCUCCCUAUAAAUGAAUAUCCAUAUAAAUCUCACAUCACAUUGAUUUAAAAGAAUGACUUGACUUAAAACCAACUGCUCAGAGGUGAUUUUUGCUGUAACAGUGUUGAGCUUUGACAAAAUAUGUGCUGAUUCACAACAAUAAUAUUUUGAAACAGAAUUUAUUAAAGAAAAUUCCAAACUCUA